AUGAUUAAAUUUGUCCAUUUAAUCAUAUUGCUUCUUCUAGCACAUUGUGUAAAAAUUGCAACUUCUAAUGUUAAAUGGACGAGGCUGAAAUCAGGCCAAUUCAGAAACAAAAUUUUAAAGUUUGCCGCAACCUCCGGGAAUAACUCACAGUAUAUGUUCGGAGGAGAAAUAGAUGGAAGAUACACAAAUAAUUUGUUUGUCCUAAACGAUCCUAACCUGGAGUGGUCAAUUUUGAGUGCAAAUGGUAGUUUCCCAUCUCGACGUUCAGGUUCAACGCUCACCAAAAUCGGUUCCUCCUUGUAUGUAAUUGGAGGUCAUAAUGAUAAUGGAACCUUGAACACGAUAUAUAGAUUUGAUACAUUAACACUUAACUGGAGUAAAGUGAUUCCACUGAAUGGAGUCGAGUUCGUCGCAAGAAGUGGACACUCAGCAACAACUGACGGAAAAAAUCGCAUUUAUGUCUUUGGAGGAUACAAUGAUGAAGGUUAUUUUUUAAAUGACCUCUACAAAAUAGAUUUAACGAUCAAGUAUGACUCAGAUUACAAAACAUAUAAAACAUACGCCGAGUUCACUUUGUUAAGCGAUGAAAAAAGUAUCUUAAACCCUUCACCAAGAGAAUCAUCCUCCCUAAUUCACGUCGACUCUAAAUUAUAUUUGUUUGGUGGAUAUAGCUAUAGUGCUGCCUGCACCGACGGACUGUGGAUUUUUGACUUGGCAGGAAAGAGGUGGUACAAAUCAAAAUCUCAAGUCUUGCCACCCCCAGGAGAAGGAUACACAGGGAUUAGGAUGGGCAGAGCAAUUCUGUAUUUUGGCGGUUGCAAUUACACUUAUAAUGCUCAUAGAUGCUACAAUAACGUGUGGAAUUACGACACCAUUGGAGAUAAGUGGACGAUUGUCCCCUCAUCCUUCGAGAAGCCACUGGAAAGGGGGCACUCAUUUCUUUUUUACUCACAAAAUUCAAUAAUUUUGUACGGGGGCUCCAAGCUCGACAAUGUGAUUUACAACGACAUGUGGAAGCUCUCAAUGCUUCUUCCCUGCACCGAUCCAAAGUAUUCCUGCUUCGGAAAUGGUGAAUGUUCUGGGAGUUCAUGUACUUGUUUUUCGGGGUUCCUGGGGCAUGAUUGCGGCACUGAACAGGUGGAAGAGAAAAUAUCUUCACCUGAUCAAGAAGAGAUUUCAAAAGAGUCACAGACUUGCGACGCUCAACAAUCUGAGACCCGUUCACGUGUGGUAAGGGUUUUCAGGUUUCUAAAGAGUCAUGUAAAAAGAUACAACUAUGUUACAAUAUUAGUGAUCAUUGUGAUGGUUUUGGCCCUCGUCGCCUUACGGGCGCACAGGAAGAGGGAUUAA